CCGGUGGAGAGUCUCGGGGAGAUUGAUUCCUAAGGGCUUCGGGAGAUAACCGUCCCCUUUCGAAGUGUCUAGAGUCGUUUCAUGAUGGAAUCCUGAUGUCCUGCAGGCCAAAAUCAAUGGACCGACCGCAUAUAUAGAUGAGGGCUCGUCUCGUUCUUUUUCUUGUUCCCCAAAAAGCACGCAGGUUUAUUCUGUUCUUCUUCUUUACACACUCUCUUGUCCCAUCCGGUCUGUGACCGUCCCGUUCUUUCGCUCUAUACAUUCAUUUAAUUAGGUAUACUGGUAUACCGAUCCAUUCUCUGAAAUCAGACUUUUCUCGAUCUUACCCGAAUCCAACCAAUUUCACAACCUUCAAAAUGAAGCAGACUGGUACCAUCCUUGCCCUUGCCGGCCUUGUCUCCAUGGCCCACGGCCACGGUUUCGUUACCUCGCCCCAGGCCCGUAUGCCUGGUCCUGCCUUCCAGGAAGCUUGUGGCCAGCAGAUGUACAACAACCAGCAGGCCGACAACUACGGAAACGUCCAGGGUGAACUGCAGGUUGCCAAGGGCCAGAGCGAUUAUGAUGCCGCCAAGUGUAAUGCCUGGCUCUGCAAGGGUUACAAGUUUGAGGACAACAAGGACAAUGUCUUCCAGUACACCCCUGGUCAGACCGUCAAAUUCCAUGCUGAAAUCCGCGCCCCCCACACUGGUUCUGCCAACGUCUCCAUCGUCGAUACCGCCUCGAACACCGUCAUCGGUAAGCCCCUCAAGGACUUCGGUGAUCAGUACGCCUCAAAUUCGUCUCCUAUCAAGGACACCGACGAGAACUUCAGCGUUACUCUCCCUUCAGACCUUGGUGACAAGUGCUCUGAGGCUGGUGCUUGUGUCCUCCAGUGGUACUGGUUCGCCAAGGAUAUCGACCAGACAUACGAGUCCUGCAUUGACUUCACCAUGAGCGGCUCUGGCUCUGGCUCUGGCUCUUCUGGCUCUUCCGCCUCUUCCGCUGCUUCCACCACUGCUACCGGCGUCACCGUCACCUCCACCCCCAAGACUGGCAAUAACGUCGCUGCCUCCAGCGGCUUCACCACCAGCGUUAAGCCUUCUGCCACCUCCGCCCCCAGCUCUGCUGCCUCCACUGUCACCAUCCCCACCGAUGGCACUGCUGAGGAGAAGCUUAACUGGAUCGCCGGUCUCCUGCAGGCCCUCACCAAGUACAUUGCUUAAACAGGUGAUCUGAUUUUUGUCAAUUUGUUGGGUGCGAGAUAGACCAUAUGUACAUUUCCUAGCCAGUGAAUAGAAUUGACUUUACCUGCAUUAUACAUAUUUUGG